UUUUUUCUUCGAGCCUUGUUGUCGCUCUUUUCUCUCUGUAUUAUUUUUUUCUCCCUCCAGGCUGCUUCCUGCGAGAGCAACUCUGCAGUCAGCCGCACAUGUUCAUAAUGAGAGAGAGAGCCGCGCGCACCGGGGCCGCCAGCUGCAAGUGGAAUUUAAGCUAGUGGGACACUGAGCAGGAUCUUAGUCUGGACCAGUGAGUGAAUGGUGGGAGUGUGGACUUGAGUGAACUUGAUGUGGACCUUCAUCUCAUGUUUCUCAGCUGUGCUGGUUACUGCAAUGAAUGGCAACACUAUUGAGGAGACCCCGAGCAGCAUUGCACCCCCUUGUGGCUGGAGGGAGUUUUGCGAGCAUCACGCGAGUGCCACAGCGCGAGAGAUAGUGCAGCAUUACCGUUGUUUCGCUAGAACUCGACCGCUGCACGAUGUUGUUUCUCCGGAGAAAUUCGGCAGGCACUUCAGCCUCAUCUUCCAGCACCAUUUCUGGCGAGAGAUGGCCAAAGAAGAGACCCCGCCCCCUUCCAUGACUGGCCGCACAUGCACCUUUUCUGAAGUGCUCGAUUAUCGGGAAGCAGGUCGACCAGCCUCAUUUGUCAUUUUGCCACCAAAGCUGGAACGGGAGCAGCUGCUGCAAAACUUCACUACACACAGACCUCUUGACCACACCCAAGGGGUGGAGUUUGCUGAGAAUUACGCCACUUCUCCAGUUUUGCCCCUCCCCUCACCUGUCAGUGUCAUUUCGCAGUUUGGAAGAAGCGUGUGCAAGUUCUUCAAGAAACAACCAUCACGUGACAACUCUGUCCAUGACAGCUCCGGGGACGAGUCCGAAAGAAGAGGCGGGGAUUCGGGAGCAGAGCAACGAUCUCCAGUUACAGCACGGCCUGGUCGUUUCAAGCUGCUGAGCCGUAUAAAGAAGCACAGAAAAUGGUUCAAGGACAAAGGAAAUGUGUUCAAGGAAGGACAGUUAAACUACCUGGAGGAAAAUGACACGAUUUCGGAUACAGACCCACCCUGGAAGCGCUGUCGCCUGCUGGUCCGGAGGACAAACGACAGGUUCGUCCUCGAGCUCUACAACCCGCCCAAGAGAUCCAGUCCGAGGCUUAAAGCCCGCUGCUCUGACAUACUAGAGAUCCGACGCUGUACUCGACUAGAGAUGCCUGAGAACAUCAACACAUUCGUAUUAAAGGUUAAUAACAGUCUCAGGAGUUUUAUAUUUGAGGCUGAUGAUGAGCAGCAGUUAAAUUCCUGGACUUCAGAGCUCAGAGGCUGUAUCAGCACCAGGGCGGACAUUGUGGAUGCAGAGCUGCUCUGUUUUCCUGUUGCUGAUCCUGUAGCAGCAGUAAGGAGGGGGAGCACCGAGUCUGGCAGCCCUGGUUCUCCUACUUUCACACUGCCGGAGCAGGUGCACCACAAGACGGAUCACUUCCUGUCCUCUUUUCCAUGGUUCCACGGGCCUAUCUCCCGUGUGCGUGCUGCCUACCUGGUGCAGUACGCAGGGGUCAGAGGUCACGGCAACUUCCUAGUCAGACAGAGUGAGACACGAAGGGGUGACUACGUUCUGACAUUCAACUACCAGGGACGAGCCAAGCACCUACGUCUGUCUCUCACUGAGUGGGGUCAGUGUCGGGUACAGCAUCUGCGUUUCUCCUCCGUUGUUGACAUGCUGUCUCACUUCCGUGUCUGUCCAAUCCCACUGGAGUGUGGAGCAGCGUGUGAUGUCCUGUUGGCCAAUUACGUGCUAGCCACACCCACCAGCUCAGCUUUAUGUUCCUCUGUGGCUUCUCCAGUGUUGGUUCCGUUCUCUCGCUGUAGCUCAGAGCCUAGCCUGGCUCACUGGGGCCUUGAAGCAUCUGCCCCCAUCGCCCCGCCCCUCGGAGCUUCGUCCGGUCCCGUCCUCCCUCCACACGGCUCUCUGGGACCCACCUCUGACCCCACCAGCAUCCGCCGCAGUGAGUCGGUGGGCCGCAGGACUCUCCUCCGCCACCCGAACCCCCUCCCUCCUCUCCUGCACACCCGGGACUCCGAAUACGAGCUGGAGCCGCUGGACAGGGGGCGCAAGAGAGCCAUUGACAACCAAUACAUGUUCUUCUGAACAAAAGUAUCGGACAGCUUUCUGGAUGGAGACGUUUAUCAGGUGGCACCAGAGCACUCUGAACCUUGUGGCGCAAGCAGGUCAGGAUGAAGGAGAGGAACUUGGGCAAUAUCCCAUUCCUCUGAAAGCACUUCCCCUAGUGCCUUUACUCUUGGAUGUGUGUUAAAGCCAUUGACUAACGAGGGGAAGAUCAGCAGAUCUGCAGGAUACACUCCCUGCAGGCCAGUCGUACAAGCUCAUGGCACAGAUCACACGAGUGUGUGUGUGUGUGUAUGUAGACAGAGAGGACGCACACCUCACACUCCGCAGAGACGCCUGACAAUCAUUUCUUCUUUAAAUGUACUUUAAAGAUUUAUUUUACUAUUAAGUGUUAAUGUGUGUGCGUUCGUGCGUGUGCACGCACACGUGUGUUUGCGUGCGUGUUGGGAAGUUUCCAGAACAUCCUCAGCAAUACAUGCUGGUUCAUUCAGCACGGCACAAAAAAGCGGUGUUUGAUUAGCCCAACCCUACUGGGACAGUGUUACUUUAUUUAAGCCAAUUUAUAUUCUUUAUGUGUUUUGUCUGUGUUUUAUUGUUUUAUAUAAUUCCCACUUUUUCAGAUUCAGACUGAGCACUUCCUGUUGAGACAGUCAGCUUUCACUUAGGAUGAGCUGCCAGCACACAAGCACCAAAGUUUGUGAAGUUUAGAACAAGCUCCCAUUCAAAAACAGUCCCAGAAUAUAAUAAAGCUGCAGGCUUGAGACUUUGCUGUGCUAAUCUCGUCCUGAGUGGAAGCAUAGAUGCCUGGUUUAAAGAAAUCUGAAAUAAAUUCAUGAUCCAUGUUUGAUAUAAAAGUCCAGGCUGAAGUGCGGCUCUCCUCGUUCUAGUGGUGCGUGUGUGUGUGUGUGUGUGUGUGUGUGUGUGUGUGGAUGUGAGAGCUUCAUGGAGACGUCACUGUGAGACAGGACUGGUGUCUCCGUGAGCAAUAAUAAAUCUCCUCACAAGUGCCUCCGUCCCCUCAGGACAGGGAUCAGGGACGAGUUGUGAUGAGAACACCAACUCCAUGAUCCUGACAGUAAGAUUUCAGAUGAACACGUGACAUUUCACACACAGAGACGUUUGUGUUAAUCCUGGAUUCAGAUUAUUUUAGCUGCACACAUGAGAUGAACGUAAGUUUGCUGUUUACGCCGGCUUCUCAAACGUCUCUGAUGUGCAGGCAGUUGUCCAGGAAGCUGGUGCAGGUGUUACUGAACUACUCUGCCACCUAGUGGAUAAAGUUUUACUCCUCUGAAAGCACAUGAGACCUGCAGACACAUGACUGUGUGAACAAUAGCAGCUCACGCAGCAGCUGUGUGUGUGCUCACCUACACGUCAUGUAGUGCAGCUGAAGCAUGUUUGCAUUCUACUGGUACAGGAAGUGAAAUUUGAUCAAUUAAACCCCAAGACUCUUUAUUUUACUUUUUAUACCUAUACCUAUAUAUAUAAAUAAAUAAAUAAAUAUAUAUAUAUAUAUAUAUAUAUAUAUAUAUAUAUAGAUAUAUAUAUAUAUAUAUAUAUAUAUAUAUAAUAAAUUUAUUACUUUCUCUAUCAGCAAGUGGCAGAACCUUUAAAGUAAAAUCUUCUGCAAAUGUUUUAGGUUUUUUUUUUUUUUGGUAAUUUGUGUAUUUAUUCCUCCAACACUUGUGGGAUUACUGACAGAAUAUCUCACAGUAUAAAGGAGUAUCAGUAAGUUUAUCUGGAGUAACAGUACUGAACUGCUGUAACUGUAUUAGGAGAAAACGUAAACUAUGCCACACCAGUAGGGGCAGUGUGCAGAGGACGGAGAUUUAUUGCUAAUGGAAUGUCGUCUGAAAAAUACAAAACUCGCGUGCCUUGACAACAUUCAUGUGCCUUAACAGAAUUCAGCCAAAGAUGCUUGAGUUUCCCUUAAAAACUGAAAAACACUGCUGUUGCUUUCCACUGAUACACACGCAUGCACACACAAUAGAACAUAGAGCUAUUGGCUUAGCUACUAUUUUUAUUUUACUCUUUACUAUUUUUCUACAUAGUGAAGCUUACUUUGUGCAAUUGUUUAGAAAUUAACUGACUAAAUGUAGUAUUGUUUAAAAAUAUUUGGAAAUGUAUUUAUUAGCAUUAAGAAUUAGCGAAGCACUAAAUUUUGUAAGCAUGUCUGACUCACCGAGUGUCAGAUCAUGUCAGAUUGUCUCCAUGGUGAAUGUCUAGAUGCUAAACUUUAGACAGCUUUUGCUUGUUCCAGUGAAAAAGAAGGUCCAGAGAGAAGCCAGACGUUUAUCUGUGCUGCCUCUCACAACCUCCUCACACGCCACAAUGGUUUCAGCUAAUCAGCUCAGCACAAGGAAAGCAACGGUAUCUCGUAUCUUCUGCGUUUCUCAGCCUGCUGUAAUCACCUGUUAUGCCUUGCAUGAUCACAUCGGUGCAGUCAGUCUGCUCUGUCAGGAUGCCGUUCGCUCACACACUGAAGUGAAAGUGAUGGAAGCAGCAAGGAUUCACUACCUCACGCUGCACCGAGGACUGGCUGAGGUUCACCUCCUACACUCAGGAGUUCUCAUGCUGCUUCAAUCCUUUCAAUCCUUUACACCAGCAUAUUCACUCCUCACCAACAUUCCAGAAGAUUGCCCUGCAGACCAGUCCGCUCCGGUCGGAGGUUCUGUCCUUUGUGUUUGGGGUAAUUCCUUUACCAGAUCAGGUUCCACAGUGUGUGUGAUUAAUUUGCUCACCGGCUGCAGCGUCUGUCCACUGUCUUCUUUCAGUCUCAUUUACUUAACAGACAAUGAAGAGUGACUCUGAACCAUUCUGACUGUCUCGUGUCUCUAAAGCGAGUGGACAGACAGACGAAGCACACCAUGACCUGCUCUUCCUAUCAUCUGGUAUUGGAUCAGUGAUGGAGAGAGAUGUGUGACAGACCAUCCUCUUCCACGCUGGUGACAUUCUGACCUGCACUUCAUGUUUCCUGCAGAACCUCCCCAGCAUUUUAACAGUCCUCAGCAUAUGAAUGUAGAUCCUUCAGAUUAGCUGUAACCAGCUCUUUAUUCUCAUUGUAGUUUAUACUUAUUUUAUAAGGAUUUUCUGUUACUCUCCAUAUAACAAGAUACAAAUUAAAUUAUAUCCACUGUAUGUGUCACACUGUCUUUAUCCCUCCCUCUCUCUCUCUCUCUCUCUCUCUCUCUCUCUCUCUCUCUCUCUCUCU